GCUCGGGAUCAUUUAUUGUUUUGAAAAAAUAUUGCUUGGAAAAUUGAAAUCCUUUAAAAUAAUUCAAUUUAAUUAAGUUUUGUGGUGAAAUGAGUGGUUAUUCAAUUAUAGAGUAUUUUGGAGGAAGUAAUGACGGUAAAUGUGGAUACUGUAAGCAGACAGGAAACUAUAAUUCUCAUGGCUUUUGGGCUCAUUCUAUGAAUGUUGAUGACUAUCAGAACUUAAUUGAUAGAAAUUGGCGACGAUCUGGUCAGUACUGUUAUGUCCCAAAUAAUAAAAAUACGUGCUGUCCAAUGUACACUAUUAAAUGUGAUGCCAUGAGCUUUAAACUGUCAAGAAGUCACAAGAAAGUUCUUAAGAAAGUCAAUAGAUUUCUACGUGAUGGAAGCAAAGAAAAAAGCCGUACUAAGAAUCAAGAUAUCCAGUCAGGUAUUUCUGAUGAACCAACACCAUCAAUGGAGCAUACAAGCUUAGAUGUAAAAGAAUUGUCGUCUAUCGCCAAAAGUAAAGAGUCCACAGAGAAAGUUAAGCCGAGGACAACGUCAGAAAUGUCAAUUGAUGACGGAACUAGUCAUUCAACUCUUAAAUAUAAUACUUUGAAAUCUGACGUUGCACAAAAGUCAUUGCGUCCAACAAAAAAGAAGUUUAUACGUCUAGAGAGAAAAAUAGCAAAGCUAGCAGCCAAAGGACUGACAUUAGCUGAUGUAAAGCGAGUUAACAAGAGCAAGCAGAAGACUCUUGAAGAUUUUCUUGCAGAGGAACCGACUAAUGGAAAGCAUAAGUUACAGGUAAAGCUCGUUCGAUCAACUGAAGGUGCUACCGACUCAAUAUUAGAUUUAUUUCAAUCGUAUCAAAUGAAAAUUCACAAUGAUCCGCUUGAAAAAAAUUCAAGACGAAGCUACGAGCGAUUUCUUGUCAAUUCCCCACUUCAGCUCCGAAAAGAUGAUAACUCACCGCCAGAUGGAUAUGGCUCAUUUCACUACCAAUAUUAUAUGGACGGAGAAUUAAUUGCUGUCGGAGUCAUUGACAUCCUGCCUUUGUGCAUCUCGUCUGUUUAUUUCUACUAUAAUCCAGACUAUAGUUUCUUGUCACUUGGAACGUACGCGUCACUUCGCGAAAUUGCCUUGGUUCGACAACUUUCAAAGUCGUGUCCUCAAUUAAAACAUUAUUAUCUCGGAUUUUAUAUUCCGACAUGUCCAAAAAUGCGCUAUAAAUCGAACGUGAAGCCUUCAUAUUUAUUAUGUCCUGAAGUAUUCACUUGGCAUCUUCUUGAUGAGAAUUUGACAAAGGAAAUUGAUUCUGUUAAAUAUUUAAAGAUCAAUAAAACGGAAACAGACAAAGAAGCAGUAACAAAUGAUGAUUUGCUGAAUGUUAUGGUCCUAGCUGAUAGAACUGCCAUGAAAUAUAAAGAUUAUAAAAAGGUAAGUUCAUUAAAUUGGCUCAAAAAGAUGAUGAAGUCAAAGAGAAAGGGUUCAGACGAUAGCCAGGAAAUCAUGGAAUAUGCAUCAAAAGUUGGUAAACAUUUAUCACAAAGCAUGCUCAUCUUCCGAUGCUGAACAUGUAUUAUUAGCAUGAAUUUAUUAUUAAUUAACGUAAUUAACUUGUCGAAUAAAAUUAUAACAAUUAUUUAAAAUGCGAUUAAUUCUAGUAAAAUUGCGAUAGUUGUGCCACUUAUGGCUUAUUCUUUUCAUCACUUUUACUAUCACUCUGUCCUUCAUUCCACUUUUGCACUUCACCACUACCAAAUGCUAUGAAGAAUAAACCCGGAAGAAUGUAAACGAAAGCGCCAAUGAUAAAUAUCCAUUGCCACUCGUCCAUUG